CUUCCUCUGUUAGUGCUUGACCUGGCCCUCUAGGCUGGAGAUAACGGGCUUUCGUGGUUGCCUUAACUGUGCGCUGACAUUCUCUGAACUAUUGGUCAGAACUGGAGCCAGCAACCUGAUGCACUGUCAUAUGGAUAACUAUUAAGGACAAUUGUUCACGAACUUAUGGAAAAUACUGGCUGGAUAUUCAAAUUAAAGGGAGGAAGUGUGUAGAGUAUGUGCUCUGAAGAUUCUCAUACCACCACAAAGCAAUUUCAAGCACACCCAAGAGGAAAACUUGUAAUUUUUAAAAGGAUUCCCUGACCUUCACCUAGUGAUUGGCUGUGGGUCUGCAUCUGUUUUUCACCAGUUACAGGGUGAUGCCUCCCUGAUCUGUAAAAUAAAAGAUAAUCAUGAUACAAUCCACAGACCCAGAGAAACCAGUCACCCAGAAAGAGAAAAACACAAUGGCCACAGUGGUAGAACUGAAACCUAUAAGGGAACAGAAUGAGGACGUCCUAGGGGACAAGAAGACUCCUCCCCCCAAAGUCCCGAGUUUGUGUUCCAUGCGCUACGGAAUAGCCCUGCUCACACAUUUCAGCAACUUCACAUUGAUAGCACAGAAUUCCAUCGUAAGCAUCACUAUGGUAGCCAUGGUCAACAACACAGACUACCAACCUCACCUCAAUAGCUCCACCGAAGUGCUUCCCACCGAUUUAAAUGGUGACCAACAUGAAGCCGCAAAGCAUCUUUCUCCAAAGGCCCCCGUGUAUAACUGGAGUCCUCAAACCCAAGGAUUCAUCUUCAGUUCUGCCCAGUAUGGCAUGAUGCUGAUGCAGGGUCCCGCUGGAUUCUUGGCUGGGAAAAUAGGAACUAAGAAAGUGGUCGGAAUUGCUCUGCUCGCAUCUUCACUGCUCACUCUCUGCAUCCCAGUGGCUACCAGUCUUGGACUAGGUUUUCUCCUGGCAACUAGAGCAAUCCAAGGCUUAAUCCAGGGCACUGGAUAUGGGGGUCAGUUUGCACUCUGGCAGAGAUGGGCUCCUCCAAAUGAACGCAGCAGACUCUGUAGCAUUGCUCUAUCAGGAAUGAUAUUGGGAACCUUUGCUGUCCUCCUUGUGGGUGGCGUCAUUAUUGAAGCCCUUGGAUGGCCUUUUGUCUUCUAUAUCUUUGGAGCCGUUGGCUGUGCCUGCUGCCUUCUCUGGUUCAUUCUGGUUUAUGACGACCCUUUCUCUCACCCGUGGAUAAGCGAUCCAGAAAAGGAAUAUAUCUUAUCCUCUCUGCACCAACAGGUCAGCUCAGAAAAGCAGUCACUUCCCAUCAAAGCCAUGCUCAGAUCUGUGCCACUCUGGUCCAUGUGUCUUUGCACUAUGACCCACCAGUGGCUUGUUAACACCUUUAUAGUAUAUACCCCAACUUACAUCAGUUCUGUGUUCAAAGUUAACAUCAGAGAUAAUGGGUUCCUGUCUUCUCUUCCCUUUAUUGUUGCCUGGGCUGUUGGUAUCCUUGGAGGCCAGCUGGCAGAUUUUCUUCUGAGAAAGAAUUUUAGGCUCGUAACUGUGAGGAAAGUCAUCACAAUUUUAGGAAAUAUUCCUCCAGCAGCCCUCAUUGUGGCUCUCCCUUAUGUCCAGUCCAGCUAUAUCACAACAAUUACAUUUCUGACACUUUCCUGUGGAAUAAGUCCUCUAUGUCAGUCAGGAGUCUAUAUCAACGCUUUAGAUAUUGCCCCAAGGUAUGCCAGCCUUCUCAUGGGUUCAUCAAGAGGAUUGGCACAUUCAUCAGCUGUGCUGGUUCCCAUUGUUGGUGGCUUUUUCCUCAACCAGUACUCUGAACUCGGGUGGAGAAAUUUCUUUUUCUUAUUGUUUGCCAUUAACCAAUUUGGCUUAAUCAUCUACCUCGUGUUUGGGAAAGCAGAUGUCCAAGAAUGGGCUAAAGAGAGGACGCUCACUCGUUUGUGAAGGUAAAAAGACAUGAUUUCAGUAGAGGUACAGUCUCAGAAGCAGAACUUCAAAUUGUUAACUUCCUGUCAUUUUCCUUCCUCAGCUGUCCUACCUGUAAAAACAAUCAUUGCACAUGCUGAUUCCUAUUUGGUAAGACUUCCAUCAAAAGUGACAUCAGGGUUUUCUCCACUUUCGUUCAGACUUCCUGUGAAGAAAAUAUAAGAUGAAUAAAAAGUCAAGUAAAGUGAUAGCAAAGGA